UCCGAGCGCGCAGCCUUAUGGGUAAUGUAAGGUGCAGACAGUAUAACACGCUGAAGAAAAAAACAGCUUCCGCAGUUCCGUCAGCUGGCGAGGGUACAUGUUUUGUACCCUGUUGGCAUGUUGAGGGCUUGUUUCUGUCGUGUUCCGCAGGAGUAACGAGGUAACUACGUCCCCGGUGCUCGCGCAGUUCUUGGAUAACGGGAGCAACAUGAGUCUGAACGAGCACUCACUGCAAGCUCUGUCCUGGAGGAAGCUGUACCUGAGCCGGGCGAAACUGAAGGCUUCAAGCCGGACAUCAGCUCUGCUCUCUGGAUUUGCAAUGGUUGCCAUGGUGGAAGUGCAGCUGGAUAACAGCUAUCCUUACCCACCUGCUCUCCUUAUUGCCUUCAGUGCCUGCACCACUGUGCUGGUGGCUGUCCACCUGUUUGCUCUCAUGGUCAGCACCUGCAUUUUACCCAACAUAGAGGCUGUCAGCAACGUCCACAACCUCAACUCUGUGAAGGAGUCUCCACACGAGCGAAUGCACCGACACAUUGAACUGGCAUGGGCUUUUUCUACAGUCAUUGGGACUUUACUCUUCUUAGCUGAGGUGGUUCUACUCUGCUGGGUUAAAUUUUUGCCAGUUAAGCCCAAAUCAUCCAGUAAUAACACAGUUUCAGCUGGUGUGGCUGCAGCUAUAACCUCCACGUCUAUUAUGGUCCCCUUUGGUUUAGUCUUCAUAGUGUUUGCAGUGCAUUUCUACCGCUCCUUGGUCAGCCACAAGACUGACAGACAGUUUCAGGAGCUGGAGGAGCUCUCUAAUCUCACCAGGCUACAGAAUGAGCUGGACAACAGAGGGGAGUCGUCUAUCCUGCAGUCUCCAAGCUCACAUUUCCCAUAGUGAAUUAUGAUGGAUACAGCUAUGUUUGUACUCUGACUGCUUGGGAUAUCACCAAGCCAGAAGCCACAGUAUUGGCUUCUAGUUGUUUUUUUUACAGGAAUGAAGAUGUCUCACCUCUUUGUUGUGAAAUUUACUUUUGUGAAGAGUAUUUUUAGUGAAACACGUUUGAUCAACUGUGAACUCAAAAAUCUGCCGUAAUGCAUGUGAUUUGGAAUUGGAAAGUCGUAGACCGAAUUGAAGUCUUAAUGAUGAUAGCUGCUUAAUGUAUCCCUUCAUGGCAGAGACAACUUAACAAUAACUUGGAAUCCUGUCUGUUGCCUGCUGCAUUUAUGUGCCUGUCAGUGAACACUGCAUUUGUUAAUAUAUAUUGUUGUGUUUUGUAAACCACAAGUAAUUAACUUGUUCCUCUUUAA